AUGAACAAUAUUAAGCAAGAAGUAAUUCCAUUUUAAAAAGAAAUAAUCCUUUAUUAAUAGACAAUGAAGGUAAUAUUCAUAUCAUCUAAGGGUUUGAAAGAAAUUAAAGUAGAUAAUAAACAAUUAUAUAUUGUUUCUAAAUAGUGGCUUAGAUAAUGGAAAUAUUAUAUAGAAUAUUUAUAAGGGAUUACUCCAAAUUAAAUUAGAGAGAAGGUAUAAAUUAAAUUCAUGAAUUAGCCUGGAGCAUUGAAUUGUGAUUUAUUAACUAAUGAGAAUUUUCUAUUAAAAUAUUCAAUAGAUAAUACAUUAAAUUAGAAUAUAAUUAAAUUGUAGCCUGAUGAUUUUGUUUUAGUAGGAUAUUUAAUUAUUAUGACAGGUAAAUAAAUUAAUGAUUGAUAUUUGGGGAUAAGAAUAUGGUGUUGGUAUAACUAUACCAAGAAAAGUAUAUUUUAAUUAAUAAGGUGUUCCUUCAUUAAAUGUAAAUUUAUUAAGAGUAUUAUUAAAUCAUUAAUUUAGUAAGCUGUAUAUCUUAAUUUACAAUACCCAAAAAGAGGGAUUCUAUAGAUAUAUGAAGAUUGUAUAGUGAAGUAUUGGAUUUAGUUAUUAUGUGAAACAAUAAAAAAUGAAUAUUAAAUUAAUGUUCAAUAAAUAAGAUUAUUGAAACAUAAACAUUUUUAAGCUGAUUAUGCUAUUAAAUAAUUGGAGGAUCAUUAAGGAAGUUUUGAUGGAGAAAUUUUAAAUGAAAAUCAAACUGUAGGUUCUUAUAAUGCAGAUUUAAUAAUUAUUGAUAUGUAAAUAAAUGGAAAAUGGCAAUAUGAUUAAUUAGAUAUCAAAGUAUUAUUCAAUAAUAUUUUUAGAUUGCUUGUUAUGAAGAUUUUAAACACGUUUACUAUAAAGCAUAUAAAGGAUGUGGUAAAUUUAUUUGUGAUAAGAAUUAUUGUAAAAGUAAUCCGAAAUUUUAAUAAUUUGGAUUUGAUAAGAAAACUUUAUAAUAGUAUUUAAUUGAAUAGUUUAAGGAGGGUAAAAUAGAUUGGACAAAUGUUUGUUGGAAUUAGAUAAUAGAAUUAAAACCUAUUUAAUCAUUUCAAAAUGAUAUAGUUAUUGCUUUAAAUGAAUUAUCUAAUUUUUCAGAUAGUUUUGGAGCAUCAUUUAUUUUGAACUUUAAUAAUUGCUAUAAUGUGAUUAAUUACAAUAAUAAAAAUCCAGAAUUGAAUUUAUAAGUAAUUUAAUAAGUGAAUGAUUUAAUAAAUAUAAAAAUUCUUAAAUAAUGGACACAGAAUUUAAUGUAAAACUACAAAUAAAAUAUUUAUUUUGUAAGAGCAAUUAUUAUUAUUAUACAUUUUAAAUACUUUAAUGAUUUAUUAUAUUAAGAAGAGAAUAGUAUUUUAGAAGUAUUUUUAACUUUAAGUUAAGAGAAUAAAGAGCUCUUAUCAAAUUAUCUUACAAUCUUACCUAAAGAAUAUUUUAUCAAAUAUAUAUAGACUAUUAUAGAAAUUAUUGGAAAUUUCUUAAAAUAGUAAUCGAUGAAAUAAAUUCAAUUAUUAUAAAAAAAAGAAAUUCAAUUUAUUUAAUAAAUGCUUGAAUUUUUAUAGGUAUUUUAUAAUUCUAAUCUAAUUGUUAAAAAGUUAAAUCCUAUUAAAUUUUAAAUUGCAGAAAUUGCUAAAAUGUAUCCAAAAUAUGGUUGCUAUUUAGAAUAUAUAUAAUUUGAGAGUUAUAAAAAAAAUGAUUUAGAAACAUAUUAUUUUACAUUUUGUCAAUAUCCAUGGGUAAUACCUUUAGAAUUCAAAUAUGAAAUUCUAACUAUUGAUUCUAAAAUGAGUUAAAAAAAUUAAUUUGAGAGUUCUUUAAUGUUUUCUUAAAAAUUUUUAAAUUUGUAGAUUGAUCGUAAUGAUGUUUUAAUAAGUGCUUUAGAAUCUCUAUCAAAAAAUGAUAUUAAUUUAAAAGCUAAACUUCAAAUUCUAUUUUAGGGAGAACAAGGUAUUGAUCAAGGGGGAUUAGCUAAAGAGUUUUUCUCUUUAUUGACAUAAUAGUUAUUUGAUUUAAAUUUUGGAAUGUUUAUACCAAAAAAUAAUAACUCCAUUAUAUGGUUUAAUAAAUAUAAUAUGGAAACGCCAAUAAAAUAUGAGUUAAUUGGUAUGAUUUUAGGAUUAGCAUUAUAUAAUCAAGGUAUAAAUCUAAAUAAUUAGUUAAUUUGGAUCUCUAGUUUCCAUUAGUAAUUUUUAAGAAAUUGAUGAAUGAACCAAUAUGUUUUGAAGAUUUAAAAGAGUUUGAUCUAGAAGUUUAUAAUGGUCUCAAUACUCUUGUUGAAUAUAAAUAUGAUAAUAUAGAAGAUGUAUUUGCUUUGAAUUUCACUAUUACUGAAGCUAUAUGGGAUGACAUAAGAACAGUUGAAUUACUUGUAUAUUUCAUUAAAAAUAUAUUUAGCCUAAUGGAGCUUAAAUACUAGUGAAUUAAUAAAAUAAGCAUGAAUAUAUAAAAUUAUGCAUUAACUAUUAUUUAAAUGAAUCAAUUUAAAUGCCAUUUAAUUCUUUUAAAAAAGGUUUUUGGAGAGUAGUGGAAGGAAAUGGUAUUUAAUUAUUUACAGGCUAUGAAUUAUAAUAAUUAAUAGUUGGAUAAAAACACUUUAAUCUAUAGGAAUUAGAGGAAACAACAGAAUAUGAUGGAUUCGAUUAAAAUUCUGAAUACAUUAAGUAAAUAUUAUUAUUUAUAUUUUUUAGAUCAUUUUGGUAAUUUUUAAGAUCAUUAAAUGAAGAAAAAUAAAAAAGAUUUUUGUUUUUUUGUACUGGUUCAGAUAGAAUUCCAGUAGGUGGUUUAAAAUCAUUAAAAUUUUUAAUUUAAAAAUAUGGAGAAAGUAUUAUUCAUUGAUAUUAUUUAAGAUUCUGAAUAAUUACCAAAAGCUCAUACCUGUUUUAAUGUAUUUUUAUUACCAUAGUAUGAUUCAAUAGGGAAAAUGAUAAUUAAACUUUAAAUAGCUUUGUAAAAUUGUGAAGGAUUUGGAUUAAUUUGA